UCCAGGUUUCAUGGCCACAGGUACCUUUUCGAUGCAGGCAGCCGUUUGGGGUCCUUGAACAUUUUUUUGUUGUUUUAUCUUUUCUUACUGGGAAGGUGGAUUUUGCAUGUUGGCCUGUGGCGGCCAGCCCUGCUGCCUGCACUCGGGGGUCGCUCUCUGUCUCCCCGGGGGUGCCAGCGACAUUUCCGGGGCGGUUUCAGCCGCGGGCGGCGGGGCCGCUGGGGGGCAGCACCGCGCGCCUCGCGCUGCGCCCGCCCCGCUCCUCCGCGCUGAUUGGCUGUCGCCGCGCGCGCCAGUCACGCGGCGGGGGGGCGGGGCCCGCGGUCCGGGCGGCGGCGAUGGCGGCGGCGGCCGCGCUGGGCCCGGCGCCGGCCCUGUGCCGCUCCGUGCACUGGUUCCGCCGCGGACUGCGGCUCCACGACAACCCGGCGCUGCAGGAAGCGCUGCGGGAUGCCACGUCCCUCCGCUGCAUCUAUAUCCUAGACCCUUGGUUCGCCGCCUCCUCCGCCGUGGGCAUCAACCGCUGGCGAUUUCUUCUCCAGUCCCUGGAAGAUCUGGACAACAGUUUAAGGAAACUGAAUUCUCGCUUGUUUGUCGUGCGAGGGCAGCCAACAGAUGUCUUCCCAAGACUCUUUAAAGAAUGGGGAGUCACUCGUCUCACCUUUGAAUACGACUCGGAGCCGUUUGGAAAGGAGAGGGAUGCAGCUAUCGUCAAACUGGCCAAGGAGGCUGGUGUGGAGGUGGUGAUAGAGAACUCCCACACCCUCUAUGACCUGGACAGAAUAAUUGAGCUGAAUGGCCACAAGCCACCCCUCACCUACAAGCGCUUCCAGGCCAUCAUUAGCCGUAUGGAGCUCCCAAAGAAGCCAGUGAGCACUGUAAUAAGUCAGCAAAUGGAAACAUGUAAAGUGGACAUCCAGGAAAACCAUGACGAUGUCUAUGGGGUCCCAUCCCUGGAAGAGCUGGGCUUUCCUACAGAUGGUCUUGCCCCUGCAGUUUGGCAAGGAGGGGAGACAGAAGCUCUGGCACGGCUGGAUAAACACUUGGAAAGAAAGGCAUGGGUUGCAAAUUACGAAAGACCAAGGAUGAAUGCCAAUUCAUUGCUGGCCAGCCCUACAGGACUCAGUCCCUACCUGCGCUUUGGCUGCUUGUCCUGCCGCCUGUUUUACUAUCGUCUCUGGGAGCUGUAUAAGAAGGUGAAGCGGAACAGCACACCCCCCCUCUCUCUGUACGGACAGCUCCUGUGGCGGGAGUUCUUCUACACAGCAGCUACCAACAACCCAAAGUUUGACCGCAUGGAGGGGAAUCCCAUCUGCAUACAGAUCCCCUGGGACAGGAACCCUGAAGCCUUGGCAAAGUGGGCAGAGGGCAAGACAGGCUUCCCUUGGAUUGAUGCAAUCAUGACCCAACUGAGACAAGAAGGGUGGAUCCACCAUCUGGCCAGGCAUGCGGUGGCCUGCUUCCUGACCAGGGGUGACCUCUGGAUCAGCUGGGAGUCAGGAGUAAGGGUGUUUGAUGAAUUGUUGCUGGAUGCAGAUUUCAGUGUGAACGCAGGCAGCUGGAUGUGGCUCUCGUGCAGCGCGUUCUUCCAACAGUUCUUCCACUGUUACUGUCCUGUGGGCUUCGGACGGCGCACAGAUCCCAGUGGUGACUAUGUGAAGAGGUAUCUGCCCAAACUAAAGGGUUUUCCCUCACGAUAUAUCUAUGAACCGUGGAAUGCCCCAGAGUCUGUGCAGAAGGCAGCCAAGUGCAUCAUUGGGGUGGACUAUCCCAAACCCAUGGUGAACCACGCAGAGACCAGCCGACUGAACAUCGAGCGCAUGAAGCAGAUCUACCAGCAGCUGUCACGCUAUAGGGGCCUUUGUUUGCUGGCCUCCGUCCCUUCUUGUGUGGAAGAUCUCAGUGGCCCAGUCACAGACUCGGCUUCAGGGCAGGGCUGCAACACCAGUACAGUGAGGCUGUCUCAAGCAGACCAGGCUUCUCCAAAACGCAAACACGAGGGAGCGGAAGAGCCAUGCCCUGAAGAACUGUACAAACGAGCCAAAGUGACAGGUCUCCCCACUUCAGAGAUCCCUGGAAAGAGUUUGUGAUCCCAGCAACAAGCGCCUUGCAAGUGAAGAGGGAGAGUGCUGAAGAGGUCACUGGAAGAGUAGGAACUGCUGUCACAGAGAGACUGGAACUCGCGAUCCACAACAGAAAAUCCAGGGUCUCAUGUAACUGUGUAAUUCCAAUAGCUGCCACAGAAGGGCACUGCAUUACUUGUGCUUGGGAAUAUUAGGCUUUCUGGUCUCCAGAGAGCCAAAUACAUCUUUUCUCAGCCAUUCCCAAAAUCUGCCCAUGUUGAAAAGGGCAAGAACAUUGUCAACUUGCUCAGUCCCAGGUGUGUCUUUCUUUUCUGACAGUGGCUCAGUGCACAUGACUUGAUGCAUUGAUGUAGGAGUCAGCAUCAGCACAUCUCAGAAAUGGUGAACAUCUUUUCUCAUCAAUAGUACUUGGUAGUGAUGUAUGCUGAUACAUUCAAAUUAUAGUAGGAGUUAAUAAGGAAGCUGCUACAAUGUCAAAAAUACAGUACCCAUCCUACGAGAGAACAGGGAAAACCUGGUAUUUCUUUCAUUAGGCUAGGCUGAUGAGGAAGGAAAUGCUUUCUGAGUAAAUCAAGGUAAUGCUUAUGUGGGAUGGAAGCAGAAUGAAGGUUAACUGUAGCACAAGAACAGAUACACCUGAGAGGCCCUUAAAACUUUCCCUUCAAAAGAACCUUGCAGCUGCGAGGUGAACUGUAGUGCUAUUGCCUGGAAUGGGCAGCUUCAGAGGUGUUUGACAUCUGGGGAAGAGGAACUCCCUACAGCUCCUUGAAAGGAGGCAGCCAGGUAGGGGUUGGUCUUUUCUCCAAGGCAACCAGUAACAGGACAAGACACAGUGUUAUGCUGCACUGGUGGAAGUUAAGGCUUGAUGUUAAGAAAUAGUUCUUCACAGAAAGAAUGGUUGGGCAUUGGAACAGGCUGCCCAGAGAAGUGGUGGAGUCACCAUCCCGGAGGUGUUUAAGAAAAGAUUGGAUGUGGCACUCAGUGCCAUGGUCUAGUUGACAUUGAUGUUAGGUCAUAGGUUGGAUUUAAUGAUCCUAGUAGUAUUUUCCAACCUUGUUGAUUCUGAGAAGGAGGAAUUCUUCAGAGAAUAAGAUCAUCCCUUGAUAGGAGCAAAGCAGUAUCUCAGAAUAGAUCUGAUCCAAGUAAUAAGGAAGCUACACCUGGGCCCAGCACUCUACAGCAUUUCCUUCCCUGAAUGGGAGCUCUCCAGUGGAGCUUGUGUCUGGUGUGUAGCCUGUGCAGUGCCUCAUACUGAUAGAGGAUGUGUUACACAUCGGCUCCUUGAAGUGAGUCUUCCUCGAGCUCAGAGUCCAGUGUCCAUUCUGUUUGCCCUUUUCUGUAUUGGCAUCUGUGUUUUGAAUUUCCACACAGUAAACUCCUGUACCUGCCCACUGCUCCUCCUUGCCACUUGCAUUCAUGCUGGUGCUUUGUAGCCUAGCGAGGUGAUUGUGCAGCUUUCCUGGCUCUUAACCAUACACUCCUUGCUGAGUCCUGUCACUUGUCAGGUCAGCGCAGAGCUGACAGAGCACCUCUGCCUGCCACCAAAGAGUGCAAGGGAGGGUAGUACUGCCGAAGAUUCCCUCUUGUGGCUAUUUCCAAGAGGAAUUAGAUUGAGUAGCUCGUCCCAUGCAAAUGGGCUGCUGUUGGCACUGUUUUCAUUUCCUGUCCAAAACCUUUCAUCGCUGCCUGACACAGAUUGUGUGGGGCUAUAUGUGAGCUUAUGCAACUAACUGCCUGGGGAGUACAGGAGUUGUCUCCCACUGGGAUAAUCAGAUUCGGUUUUGGAGCCUGUGUUUGAACCCAGAGCAACAGGGCUGCGAAUAGAAACUGAGUCAAAUGUACCUGAGAAACCUGAAGUGGUUGAAUGGAGUCUGUGAAUACAUUUAAUGACUAGCUGAAUAACCUUUCCUUCCCAUUCCCUGGGGCAUUGAUCUUACGUUCUUUUUCUGCAGAGAAUCCACUGGGCAGACUGAACAGGUAAACAAAGAGUCACUUUUCUUAACCUUACUUUCUUCUAAACUACUGUUAAUAGUCUGCCUGGUGGAUAACCCAGUCAUCAACAGGUCUUGUCCCCUUCAGUCUGACCCAGCUGUUACUCCCAUUGUCUUGGAGGUAGAAAGGUAUAAAGAGAUACUCCCCUACCCCCAUCUUCUGCUGCAGAGAGAAGGGGGAAAACAUGCACUUUGUUCACAUAGGUUACAGAAAUUGUGACUUCUGUCAUUUGGAGAGUUUCAUGCUUAGGCAAUGGUCUGUAAAUACAACUUUUUAUAAAUGUCUUUAACCCUC